AUGGAAGUUAUCCCAUUAUACGGAUUACUCGGAUUUAUCCCUCUGUUCAAGAGCUUGGGGUUUAUUGGUUUGCAGAAAGCAUGGGAGAUUUACCCAAUCGCCAUUAUUCAUGGAAUUGUCAUGGGUGGUAUAUCAUCGUAUGCGCGAUCUGUAUAUGCUCCAUUGAUUCCAGAAGGCAGUGAGGCCGCGUUCUUUGCAUUAUAUGCUGUUACAGACAAGGGUAGCAGUGCUUUCGGUCCAGCUCUCGUAGGUUGGAUUGUCGACCAGGCGGGUACGAUACGCCCUGCCUUCAUCUUCCUGGCUGUAUUGGUAGUGCUACCAGCACCACUUUUGUGGCGAUUGGACGUCGAGAAGGGGAGGGAAGACGCGCGUGCCAUGGCAGACGGAGAUGUUAAAGGACGGGGGAUGUAUGAGAGGGUUCGUGAAGAAUAA